AUGGCAAUGUAUACGGGAUUCAAAAUUGAGAUCGUCUGGGCCGGAUUGAUACGCCGCGUCAAAGAGGCCAGACGAGAGGAACCCAGAUGCGAUCGGCCACAGCACACUACGAGCUCAGCCGAGCAGUGGGGAAGGGAGGUAUGACCGAACUACUAGUAGACAGUGAAUACUGAGGGUUCCGCCGUGAGCGUCGACAGACCGCAUGAGGUCGAAAUGCGGGAGAUGACAUCAAAAACCGCGAAAAUGUUCGCUAUGGGGGAGGAGUGAUAGCAGUGGAUUUAGAAACCAAUUAAAAACAGGGGUUUCUAAUGAUAUAAUUAAGAGUUACCACUAGAUCUACCACUAAAUCCCAGGAGGACCACAUCCAUAUUUACCGAACACCCGCGAUAUGCUGUCACUUUUCUGUGUCACAGCAUGCGAUAAAAAUGUCCAGACAAUGUCCAGACAUAGUCUACAUCGAAUAAUUAGUACUACAACCGAACCCAGAAAUAGACAGGGUGGGCCAAAACCGUCUACAAGUAAACUAGCCGGCGGGUUUUUCGUCAUACACUAGAAAGUAUGAUAAUAUGCUCAUUAGGACCGUUCACUGGGAAAAUACAGAUAUGUAUACAAUAAACAGAAUAUUUUCUUAAAAUGCAGGACCGAAAUUCCAGAACAGUCAGUUGUAUGUGACAACGGUAAAAUUAAAUGAUAAUCAUCCGAAUUAGCGUUAGGUGUAUGCAAGGUGUUGGGUUCGUAUAACAGUGAUGUUCUUUCCAGAUAAGCGGCAUUUUCCAAGCAAAUAUGCAUUUAGUCUCUACUUAAAUGUCUCCAUGAGAUCCGCCAUUAUCACGUCCACGGGAAGUCCGUUCCAGGCAUUGACGACUCGCUGGGAAAGAGAGUGUUAGCGAACGUCCAGGCGGCAUCGGGAUCCUCGAAGUUUAAAAGAGUUCUCACGCAGGUUUGAUUUUGUGGCCAAGGUGAAGAAAUCAUCGAGGUAUAGGGCACAGUCCCAGUUCCUCAAAACCUGUACGCCUGUAUGAGAUCUCCCCGGAUCUGCAUGAACUCAAGAGCAAAUAAGUUCAGCUCAUAAAGUCUGUAGCUUUAAGUUAAAGUGUUGAGGCCUCUUACAAUUUUGGCCGACCUCUGAACUUUUCCCAGCAACUUAGUCUUUUUUAGCCAGGGAAGCCGUGCUUGAAUUCCAUAUCCCAGAUUCGAACGAAUGAACGCACCGUAUACCUUUCGAAAUAACUCCUUGUCUUUAUCUAUGAAAGGUCGUUUAAUGGCAAAGAGAACAUCAGUUGCCCUAUUGGCCGCCCUAACGCAUUGAGAGGAGGGCUUAAGAGUUAUUAUUCAUCAACAUUAUCAUUAUUAUUUUUACAUAUUAUCCUUCGAUAUUUUCCCCAUUCCAUGCGUCCUCCUUUCUUAUGCACCCUUAUAGUAAGCCCUAUUUAGGCGAUUUGUAAUAUAGCCCUCUUCUAAAAUUCUGGUCUUCAUUGAAAAUUAAUUAGGUUUACGUCGAUAAUACUAAUUUAUAGACCACCUAGGAUUCCAUUUUAAGAACGAUCUUUCUUUCAUUGCUGAAGGACUCUGGGGAACGCAGUUUGGACGGAUUUUGCGUUAUAGGAGUUUUCUUGUACCAAUUCAUGAAAUGUCAGGAGUUCAUGUUAAUUCAUAGUAGGGACAUGCCCCUUACUAUCCCCUUGUCCCUAUUGAGAGGGCCACGUGUUGGCAGGGAUAUCUGCGUUUUCCCGAGGUCAUCCAUUCCAAGUCUCCAGUGGGUUAAUCCGGGCAUAGCUUGUGCUUGCCCUUUUUGGGUUCCGACGGAGACCUCUUUGGAGUUUCGUUUAAAUUUAAUUGCUCAUAGGAAACCCUCUCGGAAUUCCAUUUUAUCUUCUUAGGCAAAUAAUUUACGGGCAUCAUGUCCUUCAUUUACGAGACAUGAGAACUGAUGAGGACGUAGCAACACAGCAGAAGGGAGGAUUUAUCCAAGUGUCGGUAGAAAUCAGUGUAUUAAACUCUCAAAUGGAUCGGAAUACUUCAAGGUGGUUGGCGUUCAUUUUCUUUAUUGUAUGGCCUGAUGCAUUAAGAUGCCACAGUGUUUGUAAAAUAUUAAGUUUUCUUACGUUUUUUAGAAUUCUGAAGCUCCGCGUCUUUGUUAACUUGCCACCUCGAAAUUAGUACUGACUGCUAUAUGCAGUUGCAGGUUUGGGCGGUUCAACCCUAUAUCCGUACUCAUAAUGGAGCGAAGAGUCCAGAACGCGAGUAUUCUUUGUAAAAAUAACUGUGGAUUUUAUGGGAAUCCCUCCUGGGCUAAUUAUUGUUCGAGAUGUUAUAGAGAAGAGUAUCUAAGACAAAGUGCCAGCAAAGCUGCGGUUUCUGCACUGUCACAAGUGUCUUCCCCCGCAUUUUCGAAGUUCGAGGCAAAAAGGAAGAAAGUUGCCGACAAAAGUUCGAGCACAGUCAGGAGUAUUUUAAAAAUAACAAGGGGUGGGUCGUCCGUUUUCAUUUUUAUAGACUGUAGAUCCCCAAAAUAGUACCUCACAUCUACCGGAUGAGGCCGCCCAAGCCCAAAAAGAUUUUAACCAAGUUCUCCAGAAAUGGAAACAUUCCGCAUCUGCUGAUAUAUGGCGACAGGUUAAAGUUUCUCUGUCUCAUACUUCCUAGGUUACAGACUUGUUAA